AUGUUCUUUAUUUUAAAAAAACAUACAGAUAAAAAAAAUUAUAAAUUUUUUAAAACAAUAAAUAGUAAAUUAAAUGGUAGAAAAAAAAAAUUAAGUGGGAAAACAACCAAAUACAUUAAUUAUUUUUUUUUAAAAAAGAAAAAAGUUGAAGAACAAAUAUAUUACAAUAGUAUAAAAAGAAAACAAUUAAAAGGUGUUUCUUUUCCAUUUCACAUUAUUUGUAAUCUUAAAAAUGAUAAAUUAAAAUUUCUGAAAAAAUGUAAUCUUUCAGAAAAUAAAUAUACCAAGGAAAACAUCUCUACUCAGCACGAAAAAAGGUCAAGUAUCAGUCAAAUAGAAGAAAUCAAACAUGUGAAUGAAGAUAUUGAUAGAAAUUUAAACGGAAAUUUAAGGAAUAUACAAGAUGAGAAUACUAGAAAAAGCCAAGUAAUAAUGCAUGAUAAAAAUUAUUUAUAUGAAGAAGAAAACAAAUUGCUUGAUUUAUAUAAAGAUGAACACAUAUUUUUUCCAAAAAUGAAUAUUAAAAAAGAUAGAAAAUUGAAAGAUUUAAAAAACAUGAAUAAUAUCAAUAACGUAAUUGAAAUAAGAAAAAAUAAAGAUGUGUGCAAUAUAUACUUAAUUACAAGCCUAAUCAAUAUAUAUCAUGACAAUAAUUACAAUUAUUUAGUUUUAAAAAUAUUAAGAGAAAUAAAAUAUAUAUAUUAUAUGAAUAUAAAACAAAUAAGUUUAAUUAUUUACAACUUAUACAAGUAUUAUUUUAUUAACUACAUAAAGAAUAUAUUUUAUAAUUACGAUAUUAUAAAUUUUAAUUCCUUUUAUAAUUAUUAUUAUAUAUUAGAUGACUUCAUAUAUAAUGAAAAUAUGAAAUAUCAAUUAAUAGAUUUAAAUUUAAUUAAACAAUUUCUUAUAUCUUUAUCACACCAUAUUAAAAAAGAUAUAUAUUAUGAAACUGAUUUUAACAUUUUAAGUAAAAUAAUUUUUGUAUUCUCUUAUUUUUCAGUUAAUGAUAAAAAAUUAAAUGAACUUUUAAUUGAUAGAAUUUUUAAAAGUCUUCAUAUAAAGAAAAACAAAAAAAUAAAAUACUUUUCUUUAAUAUCAUUGUCAUUUGAGAAGUUGAGACUAUAUUAUUCUAAAUUCACAUUUACGCAUUCAUAUAUUAUUAUAAAAAAGAUGAACAAAUUAUCAAGAAAAUAUGGAAAUACAGUAAUUUAUAAAAAAAAAAAAUUAAAGAAAAUAAAUCUAUUCGAUUUACAUAAAAAAAACCCCAAAAUACCUCUAAUAGAAUUAAAAGAUAUUUUUACUUACAUGUACAUAAUAAAUAAAAAUAACUUAAAAAAUAAUCAAUUUAUUAUGGUACUAUUAAAAUAUUUUAAUUUGUUUUUUAAGAAAAAUUUUACUAAAGAAAAAGAUAUGUAUUUAUAUUCAUAUAUUCUAAAUUACAAUAAUAAUUUUUAUAAAGAAAAUAAUUUCUCAAUCAAUGAAAAAAUAACUAGCAAUUCUAUCUAUUAUAACUCGUUAAAAAAUACAAAAAUAGAAAAUUUUAAUGAGGAUAAAAAAAAAAAAUUACUACUGAAUUCCUAUAAUGGUAUAAUACUAAAAAGAAGAAGAAACAAAAAAUUGAAUAAAUAUUUGGCACUUUAUUCAUUAUAUAACAUAAAUAAAAAUGCACAACUCAUAGAUUCAUCAAAAAAUAAUUAUGCUAAUAACACUUUAAUACAUAUUGAAAAAAUAAAUAAUAAUAUAGAUAAUAAUUUAAGAGAAAGUAAGAAAAAAAAAGAUAAAAUAGAUUUACAAGAUAAUAAUAGCUUUAAAAAAAAAGAGUGUAAAACAUUAAUUCAAGAUAACUUUAUUUCAAGAGAAAAAGUAAAAAAAAUUUCAGAAAGCGAUUUAGAAAGUAAAAAUAAAGAUAAGAUGGAAUACAGAAAUGAUACUAUUAGUCCACUAAUGAAAAAUAAUAAUAUAUUAAUAACUAAUAAUUCUUUUAAAAAUAAUUAUGAAGUUGAUUUAAUUUCUCUUAUAAUACUUUUAAGUCACUUAAUUUCAUACGAUUACCUGUUUCUUAAAAAAAUACCAAUUUUGCAUAACUUAAUAAAAUUAUAUUUAGAUUUAAUUAGAAUUACCAAUUUAAAACAUAUUCACUUUUUUUAUAUUUCUAAAAUUAUUCAAAUUAAUGGAUAUAUGAAUAUAUACAAUAAUUUUAUAACUAAAAUAAUUUAUUCCUCCAUUUUCUUUAAAUGUAAAAAUAUUUCAUUAUUCCAUACUGGAGCAUUAAAUUUUGAUGUAGAAAAUUUAUGCUAUUAUUUAAUUAUAUUAUAUCAAAAAUUAUUAAAAAUCAAAAUAAAAGAUUACAAUUUAAAUAAUGUAAUUUAUAUAUAUUUAAUAAAAUUCUUGGAAAAAUUUAAGAAAUUUAGUUAUAUACUUUUAUAUCGUUAUUUAAAGUUGUUAUAUUCAGUAAAAAAUUGCAAUGGACAUAAAAAUAGUGAUAAGAAUAAAUUAAUAAUUUAUAAUUAUAAAAAAUGUUCCUUAUUAUAUGAUAAGAAAAAUUAUAAUAUAAGCCAUGAAAAUAUAUCAUUAGAUAAGAAAUUAGAAUUUUUAAUUUAUGAAAACCUGAUAUUAUUAAAAUGGAACUAUAUUGAUAAUUCUUAUUUACUAAAAUUUUAUAAAUAUAUAAAUAAAUUAAAAUUACAAGGGAGUGAUGGUGAAAUGAAAAAAAAAUUAGGUAAUGUUUAUAAAAAGUUGCAAAAUGUAAUAAAAGAAAAAAUAUAUAAUAUAAAUUUAUUUGAUUUAAUGAAAUUAUACAUAAAUACUAACAAUGAAUUAAAAAGAAAAGUGUUUCACUUAGAAUACUUGUUCAAUAAUUUAUUAUCUAUCAAUAAUAUAGAGAAAAUGGAUGACAGUAAUUUUAUUUUAUUUUUUAAAACAACAUUUUCAUAUAUGUAUCUAAAUAGCACAUACACAAAAAGAUUUUUUAUUAAAAAUUUUGAUUGUUUAAAAUUAAUAAAAUUAAAUAGAAAUUACAUAGAGAAAAAUAUAGAAAAAAUAAAAAAGAAAUAUAUAUAUUUAAUAAUUAUAUAUAAUUUUUUUUAUUUAUGUUUACUUUUUCAAAAAAAUAUAGGAUAUCACAAAAAAAAUACAAAUAUAAAUCAUUUAGAAACAUUAUUUGAAAUUAUCAAUAAAUGUUUGGAGAAUUGGUAUUUUACUAAUGAUGAAAAAAAUGCGCUCAUAUAUAUUUUUCUACUAUAUUUUAAUAGCUUAAGAAAAAAAAAAAAACAUUUUUUUUUUAUUGGGAAGCAUUCAAAAAAAUUUGUCGGCAUUUCAAAAAAAUGCAUUGAAGAAAUGGAUAAAUUAUUGAAUUCCUAUUUUAAUAAUUCGUACACUACAUACAUUAAUCCUUUACUUUUGUUUUUCUUAUUUAAAUAUAAGAUAUUUUUAAAUAAUUACAAUAGAAAAAAAAUAAAAUUAAUGGAAAAAGUUAUAAAUAAUCAAAUGAUAUAUUAUUCCAUGUUGAAUUCAAAAAAUGAUUUUAUAUUCCUUGAAACUAUCUUUUAUGCUAUAACAAAAAAUAAUUUCAUAUUAAAAAAUGAGCUUUUUGAUGAUUUUACCAAUUUAUAUUUUAAUAAAAUUACUUUUAAAUCUUUUAUUUCUAAUAGUUUUGAGAAGCAUAGAGAAAAAAAUUACUUUGAUUUAUUGGAAAUAAUAAAAUUAAAUAUCCUAUAUAAAAGUGAAAAUAAUAAUAAAAAUAUUAUUUAUAAUUUUAUUACUCGGAGAAGAUCAAUAGAAUACUCAAUGAAAACUGUUUUAAAUAAGAAUUAUGAAAUAUUUUUGUUAUGA